UUCUUUUUCUCUCUGAUAAACGGGUGGCAAAGGGAUCUUGCCCCAACCUACCUCGCCAGCUGUAUGGAGACCCUCAAGAGUCUAGCAAUUGCAAAGCCAAUGGAUCAGCCAGCUCUCCCCGCUGAUUCCUCACCGGUGUCUCAUCAUGAAGGAUUUUCUAACGAGAAGUUAGUCCGUUCUUCUUUUGGAAGACCGGUCAACACAACGUUGCAUCCACUCUCCACACUCACCGAAGUUCAUGUCGACAAGAUGCCAAUCGUACGAAAAAUCUCCAUCCAAAGGCUGCCGCAACAUCUCCUUCCUUCGUCCAUGUCUUUUGAGGCGAUUUCCAGCAUAACUUCGAUUGACGACAGAACCACAGACCGUUCUAGCACUUAUGCUAAACGGAAGACCUUCAAUCGGCAACCCACAUUUAUUACCAAUCCGUUCCAGCUUGCCACUUCUGAUACUGUUGACUGGGUGUGCAAUGAUCUUGCAUACAUCGACGUCGUUUUCGACAAUCCAUUUGCCAUACCGCUUUCGCUGGAUGAAAUGGAAGAAGUGAUGCUUAAACCCUUUUCUGGAUGCCUCAUUGAGCAGGUGUCUCUCCACCUUUUACAUGGCAUCGCACCAGAAGCUGUAAGCUAUGUUAGUGAAGUAGUGCUCCCACCCAACUCCACUGGGAAUCGUUUCGCUUUUGGCCUGGUCCCCCCUCGCACCAUCUCUGAGAUUGAAUCGGAAAAGUGGAGACUAUGUGCGCUCUCAUACCGUUUAAUAACAUUUGGCGGAUUUCGAGUAAAUUUGCCCCUGGCCAUAACUAAUAAGAGCUCCAGCACUCUCAACACGAGUUCCCUUCAAUUGUCGAAUUCCUCAACUUGGUCGGAUGACGGCGACCCCAGUAAGGUGGGUCCCGCUAUCCAUGUGGCUGGUGACGUCCUCCCACCAAUUCGAAUGUGCCCUCCACUUCCACGGCUCUGUAUCCUCGUGGGGCCAAGCACCCAUGAAAAGGUGGAACCGGCUAGCCUGUGUAGAGGUUUGAUUCUAGACAACUUGGCCGGUCGUCUCCCAUCAUUUUCGCCCACUGUUCAGCUGGCCAGUACUUCGCAUAAUCAAGAUACAAGACAUAAUCUUUGUGAUAUAGUCAUUGACUUGCACCCCUUCGAAACCCGCUGGUUGCCCAUUCAACUAUUCGUCGUGGAGAACGCAUGUCCCUGUGAGGAGAUCAAGAAACACCCCAGUCCCUCCUCAACCUCCUCCACAUCUCCCUACAAAAAACUUUGA